CUACAACAUUUUCACCAGGGAAUAUGUCCAGGAAGCCACCACAUCCCCAGGGGUUGACAACACAGAUUUUAUCCUGUACAUAGCCAGCAUACCAUCAAGGAAAUGUAAGGAAGGGCAAACCAUCGCCUAUGCAGCACACUGUCAGCAAGAGGAAGCUUUGGACAGGUGAAUAAAUGAAGUCAUAUAAUAGUAAAUUAAGUAAAUGGUGGUCAAUAAUAUGUUCUAACAAUACAUGAAUGACUUCCCAAUAUUUGAGUGAAUAAAUUUCCUUUUAUGCUUGCCAGAACAAUGCCAUUGUCGCUUAUUAAUUUAAAUAAUAGUAAUUUAAGUUCUAUUACUUUGUGACAAAAUUAUAACGUGGGUGAAUUUUUUUGGGAAUAAGCAAUUUUCCACUUGUUUUUCAAAAAUGCUAUAUUAAGAUUAUAUUUUAAAAAAAUUUUUUUUAAAGAUUCUAUUUAAUUAAGAUCACCCUCUUCCAAUUUUCACAGAAAGACACACUAAAAAGCUCACCUUGCAUAAUUGUUUUUUUUUUUUUUUUUUUUUUUUUUUUUUUUUUUUGUAGGCCUGUUGCAGGUUAUUUCAGCAUCUGUCCAAACUCUAUUUCCUCUUCACGUCAGAAUCAACAACAGCUUCUGUCCACAAUGAAACAUGAAAUUCUACAUGCACUUGUAAGUAGGUAUUUAAUGCAUGUCAUAAAAAGUGCCAAUCACAAGCACAAUUUCAUAGUACAUCCAACAAUACAUUGGAGAUUUGAAAACAAGACAAAAGUGUUUUAAAACAUUAGAGCAAGCAAAAAAAUAAUAGCUAGAUAUAAAAAGCACUAAACUUAAAUUAGUUGUUUUUUUCAUAUAAAAAGCACUAAAAUUUAAAUUAGUCGUUUUUUUCAUAUAAAAAGCACUAAACUUAAAUUAGUUGUUUUUUUCAUAUAAAAAGCACUAAACUUAAAUUAGUUGUUUUUUUCAUAUAAAAAGCACUAAACUUAAAUUAGUUUUUUUUUCAUAUAAAAAGCAAUGAACUUUAAAUUAGUUUUUUUUUCAUAUAAAAAGCACUAAACUUAAAUUAGUUGUUUUUUCAUAUAAAAAGCACUAAACUUAAAUUAGUUUGUUUUUUUCAUAUAAAAAGCACUAAACUUUAAAUUAGUUUUUUUUUCAUAUAAAAAGCACUAAACUUUAAAUUAGGUUUUUUUUCAUAUAAAAAGCACUAAACUUUAAAUUAGGUGUUUUUUUUCAUAUAAAAAGCACUAAACUUUAAUAAAUUAGGUUUUUUUUUCAUAUAAAAAGCACUAAACUUUAAAUUAGGUUUUUUUUCAUAUAAAAAGCACUAAACUUUAAAUUAGGUUUUUUUUCGGGUGGACUUCAAAGAUAUAUAAUUUAUAUUAAUAGAUAUAUUAAUAAUAUUCAAAUAGUAAUGUUAGCAAUGAUUCAUAGUGCCAACAAGUCAUUGUAGAACUGUCCAUGGAAUGGAACUCCCCCUAUACCUAAAUUUUAUUGACUACAAAAAGGCCUUUGAUAGCCUGGACCAACAAACGUUGUGGAAACUUCUCCAGCAUUAUGAGGUAUCAGGAAAACUAGUCAGGAUCAUUCAGAGUUCUUAUUAAAGAAAUGACACCCAGGAUGGUACAUGAAGGUAGACUCGCAGAUCUAUUUAAAGUGGAAAAAGGAAUCGGACAAAGGUGUCUCUUGUCUCCCUUUCUAUUCAUCCUUGCCAUAGAUAAUAAAAAUAUCCACAAACAAAAAGAGGAAUGGGAUACAGUGAACUCCCUGGGAACAACUGAAUGACCUAGACUUUGCAGAUGGAAUUGCACUUCUGUCCCACAACCAGCAACAAAUGCAGGAAAAAGACAAAAGUUGUAGUCACCAUUUUAGCACAGCUUGGACUAAAUAUAAAUUAUAAAUAAAAGCAAGACAAAGAUCAUAAAGGUGAACUCAGAAAAAGAGCUUAUCUCUCUAGCAGGACUUGCACUGGCAGAAGUGGAGGCCUUCUCAUACUUAGGCAGCACCAUUGCAUAAAUGGUGGAACCGAAGCCAAUGUCAGGGCUAGAAUUGGAAAAGCUAGGUCAGCAUUUGUGUUAUUAAAGGAAAUAUGGGAGUCAAAGGAGCUGACUCUGCAAACCUAAAGUCAGAAUUUUCAACACAAAUGUAAAAGCAGUCCUACUCCAUGGACCGAAACUUGGAGAACAACUGGUUACAUCAGAAGGAAAAGAUGGAUGUGGAUGGGGCACACUCUCCGCAAAAGCCUAGAUAUAAUUACCAGGCAAGCCCUGACAUGUAAUCAACAAGGAAAAAGGAAGAGAGGAAGGCCAAAGAAUACAUGGAGAGGUGAGCUAGAGGCAGACACACAAAGUAAUGGGAUGCAUGUGGAAGCAUCUGGAAAGGAAAGCAUAGGACCAUGAUGAGUGGAAAAUUCUUGUUGACAGCCUGUGCCCCAGACGGGGUAAAAGACAUAAACGAGUCACGUAUUAAUUUAGCAGAAUUUCUUCUUUUGUAACAAAUUGUCGCAUCAUUCAAUAUAUUUCUUGUGUGAUGUCAAUGGCAAGAGUUAAGUAAUAAUUUUUCUUUUCACAUAUCAAGUUCGAUUGAUUUCUAAUAUCAACUAUAUAACUUAUUAAUUGAUUCAGCUGUGUGACAUUAAGUCGAAUGUUUAAACUUUUUACUAGGGUUUCACAGCUGGACUAUAUGCCUUUUAUAGAGAUGCCCAAGGGGAGCCACUCACCCCAAGAAAUCCUCUAAAUGGCAGGCCUACACAGUUUAAUGAGGAGUAAGUCUCAUUGAAGAUCUAAUUUAAUGUGUGUGGAAAAUUCAUGCAAAUUAAGACAGACAUUUCAAUGUGGAUUUUGCCAGAGAAAGCAAAUGCUUGGUAGGAAAUGUAAUAGAGACCAUUGUAUCCUUAUUUGACAAUGGGAAUUUACUCAAAUAAUAAUUAAAUAAUAAUUAUAAGCCCUUUUUAAAAUAAUGAUUAUGUGAGAUGUAUGUUUUAUGAAAAAAAAAUAGGUUUAUUCACAUAUGUGGUAUAAAUUAACUUGGUUGUUUCACUUGGGAUUCACACAGCUAAAUAAAUCUUAAAAAAUCAAUCUGAAUAAAUGUCGUCCGGUCCAGAGUUUAAUGUUUGUUUAAUGUAUAGAGCAUCCUGCGUCUUGCUUUCAGGCUGGGCAUGUUCCUGUACAGCUCUGAUGUUGUCAGAGAGGUGGAGAGGCCGAACUGGUUGCAGAUCUCUGGGAUAACAGAGAAAAAGAUUCACAUGAUGGUCACUCCUAAAGUCAAGGUAAUUGGGCUGUCGUACAGUAGUCAUUAGCGUUACUUCUCCCAGGUUUUCCGGUAAAUGGAACUAUUUCUGAUAUAUUACAGUAUUAUUUGCAGUGUACGAUGUUUCACUGUGAGAAACCAAUGAUAAGUGAUUUUUGCUUUUAUUCCAGUAAGACUCUUGCCCUUAUUUCUAAUUUGAAGUAUUAACAUGUAGUGGAUCUUUUAAGGGUGUGUGUAGUUUGGUUGGGAGAGGGAGUGGGAAGGGAGAACUGGUUUCAACAUUCAGCACACUAGGCAGGACACCUUGUGUCUUUCCUGGAAUUUGAAUUUUGAACCAUCAGAAUAUUUGUCCUUUGAUUAUUAUUUUUUCUGGUAUUUGUUGUCAAAGAAAACUCUUGUAUGAGGUUUUUAGAACAUCUGUAAUUAUCCAAAUAAAUUAUAAAUGGAACUGUUCUCCUUGAUUUAGACCUUUGAGGGGGUUAACUACGAAAGUAGCUCACAGUCAAAGUGGCUCAGGCAAAGUGGCACAAUCAAAGUGGCUCAGGCAAAGUAGCACAAUCAAAGUGGCUCAGGCAAAGUGGCUCACUAAAAUCUGAAAUUGUCAAACAGUGCCUUUGUUUAGAGUUUCUAGUAUAUCUAUUUUCAAACACUGUGUUGUAAGCUUUCUUACAAAUCUGUUAGACCAACACUAUGCUUUAGGCUUUCUUUCACAGAUGUUAGUCAAUCACUAUGAUUUAACCUUCCUUACAUAUCUGUAUAUUACACAGGAGGAAGUCCGCAGACAUUUCAACUGCUGGACAUUGGAGGGGGCUGAACUUGAAGACCAGGGUAUUGAUGGAACUGUGCUGACUCAUUGGGAGAAAAGAGUGUUUGAGGUGGGCUGCAAAGGUCACUUGAAGACCAGGGUAUUGAUGGGACUUUGCUGACUCAUUGGGAGAAGAGAGUGUUUGAGGUGGGGUUCAAAGGUCACUUGAAGACCAGGGUAUUGAUGGGACUUUGCUGACUCAUUGGGAGAAAAGAGUGUUUGAGGUGGGGGGGGGGGGGCAAAGGUCACUCUUUGUGUAAAGGUUUAUGAACACUGUUACUUAUCACAAAUUUUGACCUACUUGGUUCUUAAAUUUCGGUGACUCAUUGGGAGAAAAGAGUGUUUGGGGUGGGGGGGGGGGCAAAGGUCACUCUUUGUGUAAAGAUUUAUGAACACUGUUACUCAUCACAAAUCUUGACCUACUUGGUUCUUAAAUUUCGGCAUUGAAGACCUGACUUUUACGCUGAACGUUCUGGAUUUCAGCAUUACUUUAUCAUCAAGUUUGGACAUUAGAAUGAAUCGGCCUGCAAUUUUAAGGAUUCAUCAUUCAAAUAUACCUAAAAUAAAUGUUUAAACUGAAAUUUUAGUCUUGUCAAAGGCUAUAUGAAGAGUAAUAAUGUUAUAUGAAGAGUAAUAGUAAGGUUAUUUGAAGAGUAAUAGUAAAGUUAUAUGAAGAGUAACAGUAAGAUUAUAUGAAGAUUAAUAUUGUAAGGAAACCGGGGGUCACGCCUCGUUCCUCUAUCUACUUUAUGUGGAUGGUAACCUCGUUCACUCUGUCUCUCGGCAAUAUUCAGGUAAUAACACUUUGAGGGUUAUAAUCUUGUUCUUUUAUUGGGCUGAUACUUCGCUUAUACUUUCUCUCAUCUUGAAACUCUGACUGUAUUCUACUCCUGUCCAGUAGACUGUCCGACUCGCCCUCUGUCCGGCUGAGUUCUCCCCGACUGUCCACUACCCUGUCUGGCUCAGUUCUCCCCGACUGUCUGUUUCCCAGUCCGGCUGAGUUCUAGUUAGUUCUGUCUAAAGGUCUCUAUUUAUAUGUCCCUGAAUUAGUUGCUGCGUCACUAGAGUUCCCCCCCACGUGGCGUUAAUCUUUAGCUACAUCUUUGGCACUAGAAUUUCUUCUAGCGCCUCCCGUCGUUUAAAUGGACAUUCACUGACCACUGGACACACAUAAUAGCCUCGCCACGAUGUUAUCUUCCAAGCUACAACAAUUGGUCGGUCGGGCAGCCUCCGGCAGGUCCGGGCUGACACUGAAAUCUGUCUUAACACCCCUUGCCGUUUAACUGGCCAUUACCCAACCACUACAAGCGUUCGCAAUAGCGUCGUCCCAGUGUUAUAGCUACACCCGUUGGUCGGUUACCCCGCUGUGAGGUUCUCCCUACCCCUGUCGCACACAGGUUUGAACUCUCCACAAUAUUAAGGUUAUAUGAAGAGUAAUAAUAAGGUUAUAUGAACAGUAAUAGUAAAGUUAUAUGAAGAGUAAUAGAAAAGUCUGAAUGUGCUCAUUGAGUCGAUCAGUAAUAAGUGUGUCAGUGAAAUAGGUUUGCUGUGUGCACCAAAUGUUGUGUCCUCCUCAGAAUGAAGCCAUGACCGGGACAUACACACAGAACUCUGUGAUAUCAAGGAUUACACUGGCCAUGAUGGAAGACACUGGGUAAACUAGUCUUAAGCUUAAGAACUCUGUGUUAUUACUGUUAGUGAUCUCAAACAAGAGUUAUAACUCUGUCAGUGAGGCUGAACAGGAGUUAUCUAUUUGCUCAGUCAAGAUUGUAGACAUAAGGAAAGCUAUAAAGUUAAUUUGAGUUGUUAAAAUUUUUUUUUUGUAGGUUGGUGUUCCUCUGUUCAAAACUGGUUCUAUUAUUGGGUUACUAAAGCAACGUCGGUUUCAAUGAGUUGUGUGUUGUUUCAGUUGGUACAAGUCAGACUACUCUAAAGCUGGAGAUUAUGAGUGGGGUAGAGGCCUGGGCUGUGACUUUGUUCAGAACAGCUGUUACCAGUGGAUCAGCACAAGAAUGGCCAGGUAGGUGGCUUUGUUCAGAGCACCCUCUACCUUAACAAUAGAUCAGCACGACACUUGCCAGGUAGGUAACUGACCAGCCUCUCAUUUAUAUUGUUUAUUUUACUGGGUGUCCACAGCUAUGGAUGUAUCGUAAUAUUUUGAAAUUAAAAUAGAAAAAAAACUCUGUUAAAUAAAUGGAGAUAGACACACAGAGUAAAAAUAAGGAUGAUUUUUCACUGUUGGUUUGCAAUACCUUUGAAGUAGUAACUUUUCUCAUUUCUAGGUUUAGUGUUUUGACAUAAUGAAAGUUGUCAUAUAUAACAUGUGGCAUAUUUACAACCUAUAGUGACAUUUAUAACAUAUGUGGCAAAUUUACAACUAAUGGUGACAUUUAUAACAUAUAUGGCAAAUUUACAACAAAUGGUGACAUUUAUGAGAUGUGACACAUAUGCUGGAGAAGUAUGUCUUUACUUUCAUGAUAGAUUUCAUUAAAUGGUUAUUCUCUUCCACAGGGGUGAAUCCAUUCAUCCCUUCUGUGACCAAAUCAAACGGGGUGAGUUGUGGACUGACUGUGCGCACAACAGGAAGUCUGUGGCUCUGUGCAAUUUAGUGGAAUAUGGCCAGCCACUACCGGCUAAAUAUCAGGUCAGUGUAUAGAAAUGCUACCCAAAAUGUAUUUCAGUGAUCCCCAAACAUUUAGAAUACAGGACUUCAUUGAAAUGCUUCAUUUUGAGUACAGUUUUAAACAUAGCCAAAAGUCUACAACUUAAUCUUUAUUGUAGUAAUUGGAUGUAGUGUGUCGAAAGUGCUGAGAUGUCGGUAAUCCUUAUUGUAGCAAUUGGAUUUGGUGUGUCAUAAGUGGUGAGAUGUUGGUAAUCCUCAGUGUAGCAAUUGGAUGUAGUGUGUCAUAAGUGGUGAGAUCGUAAUCCUCAUUGUAGCAGUUGGAUGUAAAGUGUCGGUAAUCCUCAGUGUAGCAAUUGGAUGUAGUGUGUGGUAUGUGGUGAGAUGUCGGUAAUUACGAAGGAUUUGUGAAUGUUUUUUGGUAUAAAUGUCCCUGAUCUUGUACAGGGUGGAAGAAACACAUUUCAGGCCAAGGUAAAUGCCUGGAUCAGGAGAUCCAUGUUCAUGUUUUUCCUUACAUCAGCAUUACACAUUUUUUUAAAAAAUCAUGAUUUUUCAUUGACGAUCAUGAAUGUUUAAUGUAAGUGUUAUUGGUGCAGACAAAGGAACGUCUUACCUCUGAGCUGUGCGUAAGAUACCUUAGCUCAUGACAUGAGAACAUUGUGUUGAGUGUUAAUCGACUUGAAGUCUGAACGUUGUGAAAUAUACCAUUAUUGAGUAACCAUUCCUAGACUAUGGGUGGCCAAUCUGUUUCCUGAGAAUAGCCAAAGUUGUUGCCAAUGAAACAUAAAAUUCGCCACACCAUAUAUGUAUGUAUAUAUAUAUCAUAUAUAUAUAUAUAUAUAAAUAUAUAUUAUAUAUGAUAUAUAUCAUGAAACACUACUAUUAAAAAAAAUUAAAUGAAGAUAUAACCUGUUUUUAAAUGCCACCAAAGACGCAGAGUGUGCUAGCACUUUUCUAAUUUCCAUCUCUUGUAUUUUAGUUUUUUUUUAUAUGACUAUCAGAAUGUUUAUUAUGUUAAUUGAUACUGUAUAUUUUAAAAUAAAGUUUGUGAGCAAGAUUAUUAAACAUUUGACCAUUCUUAAAAUCAUAAUAUAUAAGACAACUCCACUUUCAGUAUUUUGACUCGCUUCCUGGCAUCUCAAGAGAUGACGUUGGUAGAUUCGCUGGCUCCGUGGCCCUGGCCGAUUAUUGCCCUUACUUACAGGUUUGUCGGAGUCCAUGCAUUCUCUUACAUUUUAUUCAGAUAAGUUGUGCAUCUAAAGAUUUGGGUUGUCACUAGGUUAUCAGUCUUGGCAUAUUUCUGCAAGCAAGUGCUUUCACCUUGGCCUCAUGACAACACAGUGUUUCUGUUUUGAUGUGUUGCAGGAGUUCAGCUGGACUAAUGAGAACAACGUACCUGUGAGGGGAUCAAACUGCCAGGAAGCUGAGAAUAAUUUAGGUCAGUUGUUUUAGAUAUUCCUUCAUAUGUAGUCUUGUUUAAAUAAGCCAUAAUUAACACACACACACAUAUAUUAUAUAUAUAGUCAUAUUUAGACAUUUAUAUAGUCAACAUCAUGAAAGAGCUUUUAUUUACAAGCUAAUCUUUCAAUACAAACAUGAAAUUUUUUUUACUUGAGUCUAGACAAAUGGUGUGUUACAACACAUGUGUAAGUCACAAGGUAAUACUCCAGUGGUGUGUUACAACACAUGUGUAAGUCACAAGGUAAUACUCCAGUGGUGUGUUACAACACAUGGUAAAAUCACAAGCUAAUAUUCCAGUGGUCUGUUACAACACAUGGUUUAGCCACAAGCUAAUACUCCAGUGGUUUCGCCAUAACUUGAUCUCAGCUUGAUUGCAAGAUUAACUGAAUGUUUUAACUGACUCUGUCCCCCCAGAAAAAGCUGGUAAUUUUUUUGGUGAAAGUUAUGGUGAGAACAGUUUGUGUUUUGAACAUGCCAGUAAGUGGUACCUCCACCAGUGCUCUUCUACCAGGAGUCCCCAGCAUGCUGGCAGUGGGUGCUACCAGGUAGGUGUGUAUAAAGCCAGCAAACAAACAAAAAUGUCUAUUCUUAGGACAAAGGGGCAUUUUGAAAAAAAAAUUGAAUAAUUUAUUUUAGUUUGAGUUUGGAAUUAUGGUAAAUUUCCUUCCUGGAUUAUAGUGAAAGCUGCCUGUCCUGGAUUAUAGUGAAAGCUGCCUGCCAUGGAUUAUUGUGACAGCUGCCUGUUAUAUUACUGUGGGUGAUAUUAAGGUUACUCAGAGAGAUUUCUUGUGGAUUUAAUCUUUAUGAAGUCAGACUUAAUUUAUGUGACCCGAGUUCUCAUUAAAACCCUUUGCAUCCUGCACAGUACUCUUGUGUCGAGGGUGUGGGUCUGGUGAUACAGCUUGAGAAUCAAACCUAUCGAUGUUACCGAGAGAAGCAGGUGAUCAAAGUAAUAUUCCAGUCAUCGGAGUAUAUCCAUCAGGGGAGUGUAGUCUGCCCAAACUGUGAUCUCAUCUGCAGGGUAAGGCCAAAAAGAACACAGAUGAUUUAG